CAAACAGGGAACAAAUAUUCACACAUGUGGUACACACGAGUGCCACUAAGCCAGCUUUCUCUAUAAAUCUUCUGGAACGUUCUUUCAUUUUCCUCGUCCAAACUUUGAUCUUAAGCUGAGAUUUCCACAUAACCCAUUGUGAUUUAGAUUUGUGAAAAAAUGGCGACAAAGAGGAGCGUGGGAACGUUGAAGGAGGGUGAUUUGAAGGGGAAGAGAGUGUUCGUGAGGGUUGAUCUGAACGUUCCUUUGGAUGAUAACUUGAACAUCACAGAUGACACUAGAAUCCGUGCUUGUGUUCCCACCAUCAAGUACUUGACCGGUUAUGGUGCCAAGGUCAUCCUUUCAAGCCAUCUGGGUCGGCCAAAGGGUGUGACACCAAAAUACAGUUUGAAGCCACUUGUGCCAAGGCUGUCUGAACUACUUGGAAUUGAGGUUAAGAUGGCAAAUGACAGUAUAGGGGAGGAAGUUGAAAAAUUGGUUGCACAAAUUCCAGAAGGUGGUGUUUUGCUUCUAGAGAAUGUGAGGUUCUAUAAGGAGGAAGAGAAGAAUGACCCUGAAUAUGCAAAGAAGCUGGCUUCUCUUGCUGAUCUCUAUGUUAAUGAUGCAUUUGGCACUGCCCACAGAGCUCAUGCUUCUACAGAAGGAGUGGCCAAAUUCUUGAAGCCCUCUGUUGCAGGAUUCCUUAUGCAGAAGGAGCUUGACUAUCUAGUUGGAGCCGUGUCGAACCCCAAGAAGCCAUUUGCUGCUAUUGUUGGUGGGUCAAAGGUGUCUUCGAAGAUUGGAGUUAUUGAAACCUUGUUGGGGAAAGUUGACUACCUCUUGCUUGGUGGAGGGAUGAUCUUUACCUUUUACAAGGCCCAGGGUCAUUCAGUUGGGUCAUCUCUUGUGGAGGAAGACAAGCUUGAUCUUGCAACUUCACUUCUUGAGAAGGCCAAGGCUAAAGGUGUUUCCCUGUUGCUUCCAACCGAUGUGGUCAUAGCUGACAAGUUUGCUGCUGAUGCUAACAGCAAGGUUGUGCCAGCAUCAAGCAUCCCGGACGGAUGGAUGGGAUUGGAUAUUGGACCCGAUUCCAUCAUAACAUUUAGUCAAGCAUUGGAUAAGACUCAGACCAUCAUUUGGAAUGGACCAAUGGGUGUUUUUGAGUUUGAUAAGUUUGCAGCAGGAACAGAGGCUAUAGCCAAGAAACUGGCUGAGCUAAGUGGGAAGGGAGUAACAACGAUCAUUGGAGGAGGUGACUCAGUUGCUGCUGUGGAGAAGGUUGGACUUGCAGAAAAGAUGAGCCACAUCUCAACUGGUGGUGGUGCCAGCUUAGAGCUUCUUGAGGGGAAGCAACUCCCUGGUGUUCUUGCUCUUGAUGAUGCUUGAGCAUAUACAUGAUGAUAUAGCCCAUACCUUUGUAUUCUGUGCUUUAUUAUGGUUGGGUUUCAACCAAUGUUUGAUUGUAGAGGCAUAAUAUAGGAUAGACUUCAAAAUAAGAGGUUUUUGUGACAUUUAUAAUGUUACAGUGCGUAUGAUGAGAUUGUUCCUGAACAAUUUUUAUUUCCAAAGGUGGAGGUUCUUUGGUUUUGUUGGCUGCCAAUUUUCUUCUCUCUGCUGGCAGUAUGUCGUCGUUCAAUACCAUAGUGUUGUAGUCAUUGUCGUCCUUUCAUGUAUGGUUUGCCCUUGUUUUUCACUAUCUUUUAAUGCAACAUUAACAUUGUACUGCGAUGGUUAACAUUUAGCAACUGAUGGACAUCAAAAACUACGAGU